CUCUCCUAUUACCGUCAAUCUAAUAAGAGAGACUGGCUUAGCUGGCCAAGACUCUAUUUUGCAACUCUGGUGUAAGUCUGUGACUAGAGAGACAACUAAAAGCACUUCCCUAAACAGCCUGAUUCUGGUACAAGUUUGGCAGGUCUCAGGGUGGCUGACUGGACCAUGGGCUGGGCUUGUGCUUCUCCAACAGUAAGUGUGCAAAUGACAGUCAACUCCAGAGACAGACGCUGCCUUUUCUAUCUUUGUUGUUCUCUUCUUUCCUCUUUUAGACUGCAGAACAUAAGAACAGCCAUACUGGGUCAGACCAAAGGUCCAUCUAGCCCAGUAUCCUGUACUGACAGGUUUGGUCACAGAGACCCCCUUGGGACUGUCACCUGAUGUGGUGAAAUUACAUCUGAGCCCAUUUUCCCUGCCAGCUUGGGACUUCCAGAACCCUACCUUUUUGAGCCAGACACACUAGCCUGCUGAAACACAGACCCAGGUCUGGCCCCGCCCCCAAAGCUGCAGACUUAACUGAAAACAGCUCAGCAGGUUACCUAUCUCUAGCACCCGGACACCCAACCAAACCCCAAAUAAACCUGAUUUACUCUGUAUAACUCGUAUACAGGGUAAACUCAUAAAUUGUCCGCCCUCUAUAAUUCUGAUAGAAAGAGAUGCAUAGCUGUUUGCUCCCCCAGGUAUUAAUCACUUACUCUGAAUUUAUUAAUAAACAAAAGUGAUUUUACUAAGUAUAAAAGGUAGGAUUUAAGUGGUUUCAAGUCAUAACAGACAGAACAAAGUAAACCACCAAGCAAAAUAAAAUAAAACAUGCAAGUCUAAGCCUAAUACAUUAAGAAACUGAUUACAGGUAAUACCUCAACUUCAGAGAUGUUCCAAUAAGCUUCUUUCACAGACUAGACUCCUCCCUAGUUUGAGCCCAAUCCUUUCCCCCCUUGUUAGUUCCAGCAGACAUUUCAGGUGGGAAGUGGGGUUUUCUCAUGACUUGCAGCCCCUUUUAUAGUUUUGGCACCAAGUGGGAAUCUUUUGUCUCUCUGGGUCCCCAUCCCUCCUACUAAAUGGAAAAGUACCAGAUUUAAGAUGGAUUUCAUUAUCAGGUGACAUGGUCACAUGUCACUAUAAGACUCCUAGUCUCCAUUCUUCCUGGGUUGGCCCACACAUACACCGGAAGGCUUGCAGGUAAAGAAAGCAUUUACAACCAAUUGCCCUAGUCAAUGGGAGCCAUCAAGAUUCUAAACCGCCAUUAAUCGCCCACACUUUGCAUGAUUACAAUAGGACCUCAGAGAUAUAGUUCAUAUUUCUAGCUUCAGAUACAAGAAUGAUACAUGCAUCCAAAUCGGAGGAUCAUAUUCAGUACUUUAUAACCUUCAUUAUGAUACAUUACAAGAGACCUUUUGCAUAAAGCAUAUUCCAGUUACAUCAUAUUCAUAAGCAUACUUCCAUAAAGCAUAUGGAGUGCAACGUCACACCUGUCUUCCAGCAGUGGCCAAUGCCAGGUUCCCCAGAAGGAAUGAACAGAAUAGGUACUUAUUGAGUGUGUGUUUGUCUUGUUUUGUAUUCUGAGAAAUGGGUUUAGACUGUAACAGCAGCAACACUGACAGCUGCAGCCCAUCUCAACUCACUUCUCAUUUCCCCCAAAAGGACAGUAAAUACAAUUUUUCCUACUCUCUAAGAGACUGCCACAUAGGGAAGGGAAAGGAAGGGAGGGUUCCUUUUAAAGACUUUCCAAAGCUAAGGGAUCAAGGCUUAGUGUUAAAAUGACAACCUUAUUUAAUACUUUAUUUUGUAAAUGCUAAUUGUUUUCCUUCUUGUUCUGUAUCCUUAAUAAAAGGUUAUUAAGAUUUUGAAUGGUGGGUUUGCCAGGGGACUAAGCAGGCUGAGGUCUGUGUACUUGGAACCCUGAACCAUGUUUAAAACUAUGAAUAGUGUACAGGGACCCUUGAACCCAGGGAGUGGCAUGCAGAUAAGAAAUGAGAAGCAGGGCUUCACUUCCGCACUGAGCUGCCUCUGACCCACGCAGAACCAGAGGACACAUCUGGGAGGGGGCUGCAGAUGGUGCUUCUUCCCACAGCCUGCAAGAGAGAAAACGGCGCAGAGGGAAUAAAAUGGCUUCCAAACAAAGGUCUGCGGCAACCGAAGGUGAUGUUAAAGCCUUCAGCAAACACAUGGAUAAUUAUAGCCCUUGGGAGCUGAGGAGGCUGAGCGAGCACUUCCGCCCUGACAUGGUCUAUGUCAUAGAGAACAACAUUCCCAUGGUGCUGCAGGAACUCAUCCACGGACGCGUCAUCACUGCACAGCAGGCCCAGGAUUAUAGUGGCUGGGAGAAGAACCAUGACUCAACCAGCACCGCAGAGAAGCUAGUGGGUGAUAUUUUCGCUGUGAGCUAUGCUGUGAGGCUGGGUCUCUGGGAGUGUCUGUUUGCUCUGCAGAGCAGGUGGGCUCACCCUAAUCUCCAUGGGAUGCUGGAUGAAAUAAUUCAGAAUGGUCACAAUCUGUUACUGGAAAUUCUCCUGAAUGAAUCAGGACACGCCCUUGACCCAGAACUGAAAGCUUGUCAAGUAGAGCACAAAGACAAACUCUGUGAUCUCACAGGGAUGAUGAAGGAAAACAAGAUGUCAGGGCGAUCUGAAGGACAGAUUUUCCCCAUCUCUAACCGCUACGUGGAGCUCAAGGUCAUCUCAGACCGUCACUUCAAGAAGCAGACACACCAGGAGCACGAGGCCCUAGCAGCAGCUGGGGAGCUGAAUGAAUAUCGCCUCCAGAGAAGAAUAAAGAGUGAGCUGGAGUGCAUCACCCCUGACCGGCUCUUCCGCUGGUGCUUUCGAACCCACCAUGUCCCCCUGUCUGUGAUGGUGAGCGGAGUAGCUGGCGUAGGCAAGACAACCCUGGUGCAGAAAUUCAUCUUUGACUGGGCAAUGGGGAAGCACUACCAGAAAUUUGCCUUUGUUUUCUUCUUCAAGUUCCGGGACCUGAACACUAUUACUCAGAAGAGAAGCCUAGAGUCUCUGAUCUGUCAAACAUAUCCGCACCUCCAGGACAAGCUCCCAAGAGUCCUGGAAGACCCUGAGAAGUUGCUCUUCAUCUUUGAUGGCUUGGAUGAGAGCAAGACUGAUUUGAAAUUAAGCAGAGGUGGAUCCCAGGAGCUGUGUAUGAACCUGGGGGAUGUGAAGCCAGUUACUGUGAUUGUUGCCAGCCUGCUGAAUCAGACUCUGCUGAAGGGAUGUUCUGUGCUGCUGACCAGCCGCCCCAGCAAGUUGACCAGUUUGGAGGCUGGAGUCUUCCAUAGGGUGGCCAGUAUCGUGGGCUUCCUCUCCAAGGAAAGGGAAAGAUACUUUUCCAUGUUCUUUGGAGACGAGCGAGCCUCUAGAGAGGCCUUUGCAUAUGUGAGGGACAGUCAGGUUCUGUACACGCUGUGCUACAACCCGUCUUACUGCUGGAUCACCUGCAUGGCCCUGAAACCCUGCUUCAUGGCCGCGGCAGGGAGACCACAGCCUGCACCCAAAACAGUGACCCAGCUCUUUGUCAGCUACGUCACCCAUAUUAUGGCCAAUCACACCCAGGAGCGGCCUGAGCCUCAGAGGAUGCGAGAUACAUUGGUAAAUGUCGGACGGUUGGCUGAAUAUGGCCUCACAUAUCGCACACUUGUCUUUCAGCCGCACUACUUAGAGGUUGCCAAUGUGGAGUUUUCUCCCUUCCUCAGUGGCUUCUUGGUGGAGAACCCUCAAACUGAUGACUCUGCCCAGGUGACCUACUCCUUCCUUCACCUCACUAUCCAGGAGUUCUUUGCUGCCCUCGUGCAUUAUCUCGAUUACAAAGAGGACAAGUUCAGAGACACAAUGGAUAAAGCCAGGUCCUGUAAGGAAGGUGAUUAUGAGAUCUUCUCUCGCUUCCUGGUUGGCCUCUCCCAUCCUGCAACCAAGAUGCCCCUGGAGAAAUAUGUGGGGAAGUUCUCUGCAGAGGCAACUCGCAAGGUUAUUGAGUGCCUCAGUGAGAUGAACUAUGAAGAGCUGCAAAGCAGAGAAGAUCCUGAAGGGAAGAGAAGGCUGAUGAAUUUAUUGAAUUUGCUGUUUGAAUCCCGGAAUAGCCAACUUGUGCGUGAUGUGUUGGGCAAAGAUGCCCACAUGGACUUCUCAGAGUUAUACCUCAUGCCAGUGGAUUGCACAGUCCUUGCUUAUGUUCUGAGUUGCUGUGAAGAAAUACAACGCCUAACCCUAGAUUCCUGCUUCAUCCAGAACGAGGGCCUGGAGCGACUCAGACCGGAGAUGCACAAAGUCAGAGAACUGAGCCUCUCAGACAACGAUUUGAAGGAUGAUUCAAUGAAGAAUAUUUGCUCUGUACUAAAGCAUCCAAACUGUAGGCUAGAAGACCUGAGCCUAGGGCAGAACAUGUUCACAGAAGCAAGCUGUACAGCCCUGGCCUCUGCCCUCAAGGAGAACCAGACCCUCUUCAGUCUUGAUCUGACCAGAAACAAAAUGCGGAACACUGGCCUUUCCACCCUGUUAGAGGUGCUUGAGACCCCACAAUGCAAGAUUCAGAAAUUAGUCCUUCAGGAAAAUGGUUUAUCAGAUGACUCCUGUGGGAGACUCUGCUCUGCUCUCUCCAAAAACUCCACCCUCCGGCAUCUGAACCUGAGUGCGAAUGUUUACACUGAUGGGUGCGCAGAAGACAUGCAUCUCCUUAUCCUGACCAGCCCCAGCCUCACCGACAUCAGAUUGAGUUUGAACGACUUCUCUCCAGCGGUGGAAAGGCAGCUGAGGAGCCUUCAGAGAGAAGCCUCCAGAUAUAGAUUUCCAUCAUCUCCAGCCAGGCCGUUGGAGAAACUCAUCCCACUCAGACAGCUUUGCCUCUGGAUGCCUCAGACAGCGAGGAGCCAAUGGCCGCCCCCCGUGAUUCAGCAAAACAUAUAGGGGCAUGGGAUAUGCUCAUGUGACCUUGGACUAGGCACAGGGGCUGUGGGCUUUGUUUGGGACAGUAACUUUCCAUGCACAUGGCAGAAGAUAUAAAAGGCACUUGAGACAUCUUCAUUUUGUCUCUUUCCUGCUCCAAUUCUCUGGACUGUGGAUUUACAAUUAAAAAAAAAAACGUAUUUUGAACUAUGGACUGAGAAUCUUCCAAUCUUUUGGACGUUACCAGAGAGACUUUUGCAAGCCAGCUGUCUGUAACAUCACUGCUACAAUCCUGAUCUAAGGACCUUGGAAUCAUUUAUAUGUAUAAAUCUAUUAAUCAUUUUAACU